UCUCUAGCGUUGCCUGCCAGCCACCGCGCGCCGCCACUCCAAGCAGGUCUCCUCUCCUCAGCUACUUCCUGAAAUCGACGGCGGAAGGAACCUCAAUAGGAGGCGGAGCAGUAAGCUGAGGCGGGACGGGGCCACGGGGCUCCGUGGUUGAGGAUGCCUGUGCUGCGUAGCACAACGCGAAGGGACCGAGAGGCGCAGGGGAGUCCGGCGGCGGCCGCAGCAGCACAGGAACCGGCACCGGCACCGGCACCACCGCCGGCGGAGAAGAAACGAGCUCCGUGGUUGAGGAUGCCUGUGCUGCGUAGCGCAACACGAAGGGCCCGAGAAGCGCAGGGGAGUCCGGCGGCCGCCGCGGCAGCACCGGAACCGGCACUGGCACCACCGCCGGCGGAGAAGUUGACGAGGAUGCCUGUGCUGCGUAGCGCAACGCGAAGGGCCCGAGAGGCGCAGGGGAGUCCGGCGGCGGCAGCACCGGCACCGGCACCACCGCCGGCGGAGAAGUUGAGGAUGCCUGUGCUGCGUAGCGCAACGCGAAGGGUCCAAGAGGCGCAGGGGAGUCCGGCGGCGGCGGCGGCGGCGGCGGCAGCACCGGAACCGGCACCGGCACCAGCACCGGCACCGGCACCACCGCCGGCGGAGAAGAAACGGAGGGUGACGUGGGCGGGACAGAGGGAGCGGGAGGAGAUCAGACUCGUGGAGGUCGUCGAGGGGAAAGGCGGCGACGACGAGAACAGGGAGCGUGGGAUGGACGACGACGACGAGGACAGCACCGACAUAGGCAAUGACGAGGACAGCCCCCCUGUCCCUGUCCCUAUCCCUGACACGGUCCAGGUGGAUAGUUCACCAAUGUAUAGAGUCGAGAAGAAGCUUGGGAAAGGUAGUUUUGGACAAGUAUAUGUUGGCCGCCGCAUGUCAGCUACUGGUCCAGGUGCUGUUGAGGUGGCACUGAAGUUUGAGCAUAAGACCAGUAAAGGAUGUCACUAUGGCCCUCCUUAUGAGUGGGAAGUUUACAACGCCGUCGGUGGCAUUCAUGGGAUUCCCCGAGUCCACUACAAAGGACGCCAAGGGGAUUACUUUGUUAUGGUUAUGGAUAUGCUCGGACCCAGUCUUUUGGAUGUCUGGAAUAAUACCUCUCACACAAUGUCGUCUGAGAUGGUUGCUUGUAUUGCUAUUGAAUCAAUCUCCAUACUUGAGAAAAUGCAUUCAAAAGGGUAUGUUCAUGGUGAUGUCAAACCAGAAAACUUCUUGCUAGGGACUCCUGGGACACCUGAAGAAAAGAAACUCUUCCUUGUUGAUCUUGGCUUAGCUACGAAGUGGAAGGAAAGUGCAACAGGGCAACAUGUUAAAUAUGAUCAGCGACCAGAUGUUUUCAGGGGAACAGUUCGCUAUGCUAGUGUUCAUGCACAUCUUGGGAGAACAGGUAGCAGGAGGGAUGAUUUAGAAUCUCUAGCAUACACGUUAGUCUUUCUUCUACGGGGACGUCUACCUUGGCAAGGUUAUCUGGAUAAAAAGAAUGGCUUCCUUGUCUGCAAGCGGAAAAUGGCUACCUCUUCAAAAUCUCUCUGUUGCUUUUGCCCAAAGCCCUUCAAAGAGUUUGUAGACUAUGUGGUCAAUUUGAAGUUUGAUAAGGAACCCAACUAUGCAAAAUGUGUAUCGUUUUUUGAUAGUGUAGUAGGUCCAAAUCCAGAUGUCAGACCAAUUAACACUGAUGGUGCUCAGAAGCUUAUACAUCAAGUUGGCCAAAAGAGAGGCCGCUUAUUGAUAGAGGAAGAGGCAAAUGAACAACCAAAGAAGAAGAUCAGGAUGGGAAAGCCUGCAACACAGUGGAUAAGUGUCUAUAAUAGCAGACGACCUAUGAAACAAAGGUACCACUACAAUGUUGCAGAUUCAAGGCUUGUACAGCACAUUCAAAAAGGGUAUGACGAUGGACUGUUUAUCAGUUGCAUAACAUCUUGUUCCAAUCUCUGGGCUAUAAUCAUGGAUGCUGGAACUGGUUUCACUUCCCAAGUUUAUGAGCUUACACCACAUUUCCUUCACAAAGAAUGGAUAAUGGAGCAAUGGGAGAGUGGCUACUAUAUAACUGCGCUUGCUGGGGCAAACAAUGGCAGCUCGGUGGUAGUGAUGUCUAAAGGCAUAGCCUACACACGACAAUCCUACAAAGUUAGUGAUACUUUCCCCUACGACUGGAUAAAGAAGAAAUGGCAAGAUGGUUUCUAUGUAACUUCCAUGGCAACUGCUGGAAGUAGAUGGGUUGUUGUCAUGUCUUGUAAUGCUGGGUUUUCUCAUCAGGUUGUUGAACUGGAUUUCUUGUAUCCCAGUGAGAGAAUUCAUAAAAGGUGGGCCACUGGUUACCGGAUAACCGCAGCUACUGCAACUUGGGAUCAGGCAGCCUUUGUUUUAAGUGUACCAUGGAGGCGACCUAGAGAUCAAACCCAAGAGACACUGAGGACACUUGAUUUCCCUUGUCAACAUGUGAAGGAGAAAUGGUCUAUGAAUCUCUACCUAGCAUCAGUAUGCUACGGUCGUACUGUAUCCUAGGAAUCUUUUCACGUGGAAUCCUGUCAGCACCAUCUUUUGAUGUAGCUAGUUCACUGUAGCAGCUCCUAUGUGCGGGCGAGUUCUGAAUGUGGCUCAGUGUUACUGGUACCCUGUGAGUCUUGUGUUGUGAAGGCGUCUGCUAUCGUUCUUGAUUAUAGACUAGCAUGGACAGUAUAGUAAAUGUUUUGCAGUUCGUAUUAAUUAUUAAUUUAGUGGACAUUAGCAGUGUAAGUCUUUUCCAGAUGUGUACACUUGAUCAGUAUAACCGAACUCCAGCGUAGUUGUGUCAGGGCCUCAAAAGGCCCCUGCCUGACUGUUAAUCUAUUAUCAUGAGGUAUAGUCACUGUUCAUCUAAACAGCCGUUUAGACCGUUUAAACGUCAUGUAAACGCCACAUAGUGAUAUA